AUGUCUCAUUCGCUAUAUCAAGCUGUAGGAGAGGGGCGACUGGCUUUGGUUGGGCUCCUUAUGGGUCUGAAUUUCCCCUCGACCAUUGUUUCCCAACCCAACGACUACCACUCGAAGCUAUCGGCAAUCCACAUACUCCCUGCACAUGUUGUCGUCAUGAUAAUGUGGCGGCCUGAAGCUGGCCCAUGCCGACUGUCUGGCUGGCGAAGAGCGCUGCUGGACCUUAUGCUUAUGUAUAUUGCACUGUCUCGAGAAAAUGUCCUCACGUCGUGUCACACGUCCCGUGACCGUUACACGCCGCAUUCCGACUGCUCUUGUCUUGCGCUGUGGGCGCCGCAGAAUACAAAUCCUUUGCACCACCCUCUGCUUACCCACCCAUUGUCAUGUCCACACCUUCAAUAUCAGCCGCGUUGGCCGCCGAUGGACCGCGCUAUGGCUGUGAAUGUCGUUUACGGCUUCGAGCUCGAUUUUCUCUCGCCAUGA